AUGAACACACUAACCCCAAAUCCACACCAUGCAUCCCUUCUCUCACUCACUCACCUCCUUCAUCUCACACACCACCGCAAUAAAAACCAGCACCGUCUCUCAAAAUGGUACAUAUCCUUUGGAAUUCUCCGCCGCCAAGUAUCUCGCCUCCUAUCUAUGAUCCCAGAACAUGUGAUGGAAUCAUCACGUGGAAAGGUGAAAGGGAAAGCUCGGGAACGAAAAGAGAGGGAAGAGAGGGAAUUACAGAGUCUGGUUAGAUUUAUUCAAGAGGAUGUGGUACCUGGAUGUUAUCUGGCAUUCAGUCAAUUAGUAGCCAAUAAUCAAUAUGCUACUUUAGGAUUGAUGUUAAUGGGAUGUUUGGCGCGAUUCUAUAAAGUUCUCGGUGCAUUGAGAGUUUUAACUGCAGAGGAAAUUGCCGAACAAGCAGGAAUUGUGAAGGAGACGCCACAAUUGAAUGAGGCAGAGAUAGGAGAGGAUAUGGGGGAGAAGAUCGUGAGAGAUGUUCCAGUCUCAGAAAUGGAAGAUAGCCAAAGAGUGGAAAGAAAAGAGGAAAACGACACUGAUAUUCAGAAAGCAAAACCAAAGAAGAGGAAACAGGAUGGUGAAGUAGUGGAGGCGAAGACUUCCAAACUAGCUUCCUCAGAUUCGACGCCGGCGAAGCCUCCGAAGAAGAAGAGGAAAAAGAAGGGUGGGGACGCUAUCGAAGAUUUGUUUGCUGGUUUGAUCUAA